UGACUAUAAUUUGAGAAAACCUUCCACCCAAAAGGACUCUAGCCGUGGUAAUCAACGUGCCAAAACACCUUCGCCAGUUCCCGUAACUGUUUCCAACAAGCCUCCCCAACUCGUGACCAACCAGCCUACAGCCGUACCCCCCGGAGCCAUGGCAGCCCAUCAAGCUGACCCUCCUACUUCUACUCCCGCUUCAGACCCCUACACGCCUAAGGACCCUAAAAAUGACUACUUGCUACUUGAAAUGCGGAAAAUGUUCACGGAUUUCCAGCGUGAUAUUGAUAUCAAAUUGGAUCACGUAAUUUCGGAUCUUAAUGCUGUUAAAUCAGACAUCAGGAUGGUGAAAUCCGCUGUACAUGACCUUGAAAUUUCUUCAGCGGAUACUUCAGCGAGAAUAUCUACCGUAGAAGCGGAUAAACUACCUGGUAUAGAACGUUUUAUCGCCAAAGUUAGAGCUGAUUUCGACGACAAGCUACUGAACCUAGAAAUACACCACCGAAAACAAAAUUUGUUGUUCUACGGCAUCCCCAAACAAACCAAUGAGGAUAUUUACAAGACCACAUCUUUUGCAUUGGGCAAGUUACUGGAAAUUCCCGUUGAGGAGGCAGACCAAAUUCAAAUCAUCAAUGCUCAUCGUCUACCUACGAAGAGGACCCACAACGGAGCCAGCGGAACCCCGGCCCCCGAAGCUCCUGAUCCCAUCAUAGUCCGUUUUGCAAAGAUGUACGACCGGGACCGAAUUCUUCGCGCCUUCGAGCAGCCAAGGCAACCCCGGGCUACUGACGGCAACCGUAGGGAUGGCGACCGUGUAACCGUCCGAACUGACCUACCCCCAUCUAUGAAACGCGAGCGUGGUCAUCUAGCAUCAGUUGCAUAUAACAUUCGCAGAACCAAGCAAUUGAAAACCAGGAUAAGGAUUCAAGGAACCAAAGUACUGCUGCAGACUAAAAACCCUAAUGCACCUUCUUCACAGUGGUCAACUUGGACUGAGUAGAUUUACUUAUCACAUGCAACAUCAUGACUAUGGUAAUUAUGAAUAUCAUUGGAGACCGAGUCAAAUUCAAUCCCCAUAACUUUGCAAGGACGAAUGGAGUAGGCCUGAUCCAUCUUCUAUACAGAUUAAGAUUUUGUGCUUAGUCCAGAAAGCCAUAGUAGGUUACGUAGACUGUACUUUACAGCUACAUGUAAGUAAUAUUGACUAUUGAAUGUAUGUUCCUCUAGUCAUGUCAUGCAUGCUUCCUUUAUUUCAAUUUUAGUUUUUUCACCAAUAUCAUCCAAAUGGUAAUGUUAUUUAAUUGGUACAGUAACUGUCGUUUAUCAUUACAAUGCAUGACUGUCUUGUCUUAAUCCUUAUUUUUUAUUUACGACACCUUUUUUCACCACUAUUUGCUAUGCUAAUCAUUUCCUUGUUGGCAUCACAAAUUAUUGAAGUGAAUCAAACCAGAAUGAAAUGAAGCAAAUCGAAGCAAAAUGACAUACAAUUAUUAUUCUAUUUUUUCUUCAUCAAAAUGAGAGAAAACUAUGCUAUCACUAUUCAGCCGAUCAUGGAUAUGACUUUGACUGGUACACUGAUUGGACAGGUUUUAUGAUGGACCUAUUCUAAUAAUGAAAUUACUUGUCCUUUUCUUCAUCCAUUAAGAUGAGUAUAAUGACCUCUUCAUUAUGAAUUGAAACUUGAUGUAAUCAUGUAAGCCAAAAUUGAAACAAAUUCAAACAAUUUAUAUUGUCAUGAUUACUACGACUAUGUAAUACAGUCAAUACAACUGCAUUUUCUCUCAUUAUUACUGGAUCCUAUACUGUUUGACCCUUUCCAGUAAUAAUUAAUGUCAUUUUUUUUUUUUCAUGCAUAACAAUUGGAAUUUUAUGUUUUCUGAAAUGAAUACAUUAUUUCCCUUUUACAAUUUGACUAUACUUAUUGGGCAUAGCA